AUGCCCCCCAAGGCUAAGCAUGUUGCAACCAAAGCUACCCCCCCAGAGCAGCCCAACGCUCCGCAACAGGCUCCCGAGACUGUAAAUGAGCGUGCCGCCCAACGGUUCUAUCAGACCAACCCCGUCGAAAAGCGGUUCCAAGAGGUUGGAUACUUCGGCUUAACCGCCCAAGAGAGGAAAAUCUACACACAUACGAAGCUCAUCCUGCCGGUUGCUGACCACACGGUACCUCUGUCCAACAAGACGGAGCGAGAGUACUGGAAGCAAGUUACCAAAGACGGCUUGCCCAUCCGUCGGCUGCGAAGCAACUACUCCUGGGGAAAAGACCGGCACAGUCGGGAUAUCGGCACCUACGGGCUUGCAGACUUUGAGCAGCGUUGGUUCAAACAAGCUCGGCUGUCAGCCCUGGACAUUCUCCACCGACAAUUCUUGUCCCAGCGGCGACAAGCACGCCUGAGCGGAAAAGAUCUGCCGGCCCAGGAUAUCGAGCAGGAGAAGUCGAGGAGGAAAGAGAUGGCUGCGUUGAAGCUCGAUCUUUACGGCGAGAUCGCUGGCACCAUUGCGGGAAAUCCAGAAUGGGACGAUGUCAUUCCGAUUCCUCACAGCGAACCUGACGAUGCCCUUGCCAGAAUCGCCUACCCAGAUGACUAUGCCGAAGCUGUUUCCUACCUUCGCGCCGUCAUGGCUGCUGAGGAGUGCUCGCCGCGGUGCCUCCGUCUAACCGAGCACAUCGUCUCCAUGAACCCAGCGCACUACACCGUCUGGCUGUACCGCUUCAAGAUUGUCAAGACUCUGGAGCUGCCGGUUCCAGACGAAAUCGAGUGGCUAAACAAAGUUGCCCUUGCCAAUCUGAAGAAUUACCAAAUCUGGCAUCACCGUCAACUCUUGCUCGACUAUUACUACCCAAGCAUCGCCUCUGACCAGGACACCGUUGGCAAGCUGGCCAGGACCGAGGUACAGUUCGUGAACACCAUGCUCGAAGAAGAUGCCAAGAACUAUCACGUCUGGUCUUACAGGCAGUACUUGGUGAAGAAGCUGGGCAUGUGGAACGUUGGCGAGCUCGCCGCCACCCAGAACUUGAUUGAGGACGACGUCCGUAACAACUCGGCUUGGGCCCACCGCUUCUUCCUCGUCUUUUCCGAUCCCAGCAUCCACACCCCAGACUUGCCUGCCACGGCGCAUGACCCCAAGGUCCCCGGCUCGCUCAUUGACAGAGAAGUGAGCUACGCAAAAGAAAAGAUUCUUCUCGCGCCGCAAAAUCAGUCGAGCUGGAACUACCUGCGUGGCGCGCUGGCAAAGGGAGGACGGGCCGUCUCCGACGUGGCCGAGUUUUCACAACAGUUUGUGAGCAACCUGGGCGAAGAAGGGGAAGACGUCCGGAGCUCUCACGCGCUCGAUCUGCUGGCCGAGUGGUAUCACGAGUCUGGAGACGCGACAAAGGCAAGAUUAUGUCUGCAAAGGCUGUGGGAGAAGUGGGAUCCGGUUCGCGAAGGGUAUUGGAAGUACAGGGCGUCUGAAAUUGGAAUUGGCAAUGCCAAUGCAUAG